GACAGCAGGUACGAGACUGCUGAAAAGACGUGGAGAAAAGGGAUGAAAAAGAGAGCAAGACUUAAGCCGUGGAGGAGAGAAAAAAAAAGGCAAAAGGGAAGGAGGACCAAAGCUAGUCAAUAAGGAGAUCAUGGUGGUGCAACACUACUGGCUGAUGCUGCUGUUGGUCAGCAGACAUGAAUGGAUUACAGGUGUUUUGAGUGGCAUCAGUCCAUAUAUAAGGCACUAUGAGAUCCUAUCAUAUGACAGGGAGGAUCUUCACAGGAAGCACUUAAGAGCCAGGAGAACCACGCAACCUCAGGAUCACAUCCUGCAUUUGGAUUUUACUGCUUUUCAUAGAACUUUUCGCCUGCUUCUGAGAAAAGAUGCAACGUCAUUUUCCGAAGGAUUCAUCGUGGCUGAUGAAAAUGGUCCCACGUCCGUUGACCUCUCACAUAUCUAUUCAGGAACGCUUGAGGGUGAACGUGGUUCAGCCUGCCACGGCUCUGUGCUUCAGGGUCAGUUUGAGGGAACCAUCCGCACCAUCAAUGGCACUUAUCACAUUGAGCCAAUCCACAGAUACACCAGCAGCCCGACAGAUCACCACUCUAUAAUAUACCAUGAGGAUGACAUGGUCCUUCCACGCCUGAGCUACCACACUGAUGGGUUCUGUGGUGCCGAGCAUCUAAACAGCCUCACCCAAAGCUUUGGACCUAUUCAGGAGACACCAGUGAGCCGUUCUAGGAGAACAGUUGAUGAAUCGAAGACCAGCUGUCUGCUCCACUUCCACGCUGACCACCUCUACUUCAAGAGGUUCAAGUCCGUUGAAGCUGUCGUGGCUCAGGUUGCUUCCUACAUGCGGGCUGUGAAUGAUAUCUAUGACAAGGUUGACUUUGAUGGAAUCAAGCUGAUCAACUUCAGAGUUAAAUCUCUUCUUGUGAUGAACAAGGAAGAUAAAAUGGAUCCUCUGUAUCCUCUUUACAUUGGGCCGGAGAAAUUGUUGAGUCUUUACUCUGAGAAUAACUGGGGCAAUUACUGCCUGUCCUACCUGCUCACCAACAGAGACUACAGUGGAGUGCUGGGGCUUGCCUGGGAAGGGAAGACUGGUAACUGGGGAGGGAUCUGUUCACAGCAAACCACCCUCCGUAAUGGCCGUAACUCCACCCUGAAUACAGGCCUGGUAACAAUUCAGAACUACGGACAGUUCCUCCCCCCUCAACAUGUCCAACUGACCAUGGCACAUGAGCUGGGCCACAGUCUGGGGUCUCCGCACGAUGAGGGCUCUAACUGUGGGAACAUGGGGUCUGCUGGUGGUAAAGGACGGUACCUGAUGUUCCCUCACGCCACAGAUGAGGUGCGUGAAAACAACGAUAAGUUCUCGCCCUGCAGCAUCGAACACAUUAGCAAGAUCCUGAGGCUAAAGAAGGAUAACUGCUUUGUGGUCAGCGAUCAGCCCAUCUGUGGAAACCAGAUUGUUGAGGAAGGUGAGGAGUGUGAUGUUGGUCACAAUGACACAGAUCUGUGCUGCUUCAGCGCUAAAGAGCCUGUAGAAGUCCAGUGUCGUCUCAAGCCUGGUAAAAUCUGCAGUCCCAGUCAGGGCCUGUGUUGUGGUCAGAACUGUGAAUUUAAGCCAGCGGGUCAGAUGUGUGACGAGGAGACAGACUGUCAGAAAGAAAGCGUGUGUUCAGGUCUCGCCCCGUCCUGCCCCGAGCCAAAUGCCAAGGAAAACCUCACCAUCUGCAGCCAGGGCACGCGUGUCUGUCUGAACGGGGUCUGUGCCGAGUCUGUGUGUGCAAAGUAUCGCCUGCAGCAGUGUGACUGUCUAGGAGACUCCAUGAAAGAAAAAUGCCACAUGUGCUGCCAGCAGCCAGAUAAACCUGAGACGUGUGCCAGCACCACCUCCUCUGUACUGUCUGAUCACUUCCAGAGAAAAGCAUUUCCCCUAGUGAGUGGAGCUCCUUGCUCAAGGAACCAAGGAUAUUGUGACAAAUUCCAUGUCUGUCGCCUCCUGGAUGCAGAUGGCCCCAUCGCCAGACUGAAGAACUCUUUUCUACAUUUGGAUGAUUUUGAUGACAUGGGAGAGUGGAUGAAGGCUCAUUGGUGGGUCAUCCUGCUGGUGAUACUGGUGCUGUCUGGAGUGAUGGGUUGCACCGUCUGCCUGUGUGGCCGUACCCUCAACACCCGUGAUUUGGACUGAGCCUUGACCUGUGAUCCCAGCCACCUAUAUGAGUCACACUAAUUAAUUUAGACAUCUUUCUGGGGGGUUUUGAAGCAUCAAAGACACAUUCAUGAGAUGUUUGUGGACAAGCAUGACAGUUUGUGAUCUGCAAGUGGCCUCAGAGGACAUUUAAAGAUCUGCUGAAUGCAUCUCAUUCUUGAUAUUUUUGUACUCCAUUAUAGAGCUGCACUUGCUUUUCCCUGGGCGACUGCACUGUUUAACCUGUUAUACAUGUGUUAUGGAAAAAGUUGGUGCCAAUUGUGGACUGGUUCCCCUCAGAAAAGCCACAUAGGGUGGCACUUCAUUGCUGGCAAAGUAAUGCCACCUGUUGCUGCAAAUACUGUGAUGAAAGACGUCUCUUUUCGGUGAUGAUCCUUGGAUAGGACCUCUGGAGUUACUGCUACCAAUUGCAUGUUUACACCAUAUCAUGUGAUAAUAAAUAUGUUUGGAAUCUCAGGAAAUAACUGUUUACCAGAUAUUUGUCACAGUCUAAAGGUUUCGCUAUGACCCAUGUUUGUUCUAAUACUGACCUUGUCUUUUGGAUUUUCUUGUUCUAUAUUUGAGCUUUAUUAUCCAGUUUAUUUUAAAAUAAUUUCUUGUUUUUCUUUUCUUUUCUAUAUUUUCCCUUCUACUUCUUCUUUGAUUAGCCUUUAACUUGAAAUAUUUUGAGGUGAAGUCAGGAAGAUUAGCUGAAAGAAGUGUUGCAGUUUCAAUCAUCACUCUUCUUAUUUGACUACCACCAGAUCUUCUGUUAACCCUCCAACACCAUGGAAUGCUGAAGAUAUUGAUGAGACAUUUAAGACUGGUGUUACUAUUGGGGUUGAUUUAUUUGGAUUAUGGAAAAGACUUUUUGCAGCUGAUAAUUACUUUUUGAUGAAAACUUUUGGCUCAUAGGCUCUCCUGGAAUCAUGCUAACAGAAUACUUCUUCAUGAUGGUAAGUGUUGGUUCUGUCUCUGGAUCUUUUGCCAGAGUAUGAAGCCAGAGUCAGGGUCAGUGCCAGAGCCUACUUCACCAGUCCCAGGCCCUACAAUGGUCCCAUCUGUCACUGAGUCAGCUGGUAACCUGCCUGUCUGGACUUCCCAGCAGCACUGACUUGGCAAGACAAGGCAUGGCAAGCUUAUUUGUACAGCACAUUUCAUGGACAAGACAAUUAAAAUUGCUUUACAUAAAACAUUAAAAGCAUUGCAGCACGGUGUAGAG